GGGGGGUUGAGUAAUUUCUACUGAUUGUGGAUGUAAAGACUGUGUCUGUGUGGAAUGACUGUGUUUAUUAUGAAAUGGAUUUUUGGGUGAAGGACUGAAUUGUAUUGCUGUGAACUGGACGAACUUUUGGGUGAACUGAACAAUAUAUUGCAAGCGUGAAAUUGGGUUGCUUGCUGAGUAUUCUUUCCUUGUUUAUGUAUUAUCAUUGUGUGUUGUCUUGCAAAUUUCUGAAUUGUUGAUAAAAAAAAAGGGUACAUGUGCAUUUCCUGCUAUUUAAGCUGUAUGCAUUCAUACAUGUAAUCUUGUGACGGUUUUCCGACCUGAUGUGACUGAAACUCACUUUCUAAAAAAAAAAUUAUUGGCAGUUUUAAGCUGCCUGGCACCCUGGCAAACUUUUAAUAUGGGAAAACCGUUACAUAAAAUGGCACCCCAGAUAAUUUAACCCACUUGGUGAAGGAAAUUAUAUUGCAAUGUUUAUUUUUUUAGUUUACCAGCACUAUUCUGUAUAUUUCAGUAUAUUACUUUUUAUUCAGUGGCUAUCUCAGUGAGUAGCAUGCCCAAAUGGCUUCCAAAAUGGGGUCUGUCACUCAAAGCAGCCAAGUUGCAGCUCAAGCCCCACAAUUUCAGGGCUCUAUUGUGCCACCUAUUUUGUAUCAGUUACCUAUUGUUCAACACUCAUCUACUGCUCAUCAUCCAUCUGCGUUUCAAUUACCAUCCACUACUCACCAUGUACUCCGGGCCCCUAUACCUACCUCCCUAUCUUCUAUUCCAGCUUUAGAAAAACAAACCAUUCAACCGCCACUUUCUCAACAAUCACCGCUUGUAGCUGGAGCAACUGUUGGGAAUGGUCGCUAUGCUACCAAUCACUCUGUUGUGGAUAUGGAAUUGCUGGAUGAGCAUGAUACAUCGAUGCACUUUACAACUUUGGCCUUACCUACGUCUCAGCACUCUUCUACUGUUAACUUCCCUGCAGCACAAAACUCUCUUUUUCGAAUUUCAGUGUACAAUUGCUUUUGGAUGCAUGUACACAACAAAUUGCGAACAUGUCUGCAAAAGUGGCCGAGGAGAUGAAACAGCAACUGGAUUAUGUAAGGACAGAAAUUACAGCAACCUUGAAUUGGCAUCUGAAACACCAUCAUACUGAAGUUCUUAAAGACUUUAAUAUGGUGCUUGCACCUUUAUCCACAUCAUUACAGGAGAUUCACUCAGGCCUUCAUGAUUGUUCGAGACACUAUCAAUGAAUGCGAGUUCCUGGAGCCCCCUGCAGGCUAACCUUGGGCACUGUACACAACGCCUGGAAGGGUUGGCCCUGGAUAUUGCUCAGCUCAAGUCUACAAUUAAAAUAGGGGAAAAAACGCAUGUGUCAGUGCAGACAAAUUUUUCCGCACCAUGUAUAUUCACAACGGAUGACCAAUCACCAGGGAGUCAGCCCCUACAGUCUACCAUGCAUUUAUUUCCUUCAUGUUGCCCUUCUGAUGACUCCAUCACAACUAAGGCACCGCGAGGGCCUUAUGUUGGGAAGAAACCAAUUAAAAUUCAAUUCCCUUGUUUUGGAAGAACAGAAGACACCUCAGAUCCGCUAUUGUAUCUUGAAAAGUGCCAUGAUUAUUUGGCUUUACAUCCCCUUUCUGAUGGGGAAUUGCUUGCCACACUGAGGAAUGUCCUACAUGGAACUGCAAGAGAUUGGUGGGAUGUUGCUAGGGUCGAGAUUGCAACGUGGAGAGUUUUUGAGCGCAAAUUUUUGUCUGCAUUUCUCUCGGAGGAUUAUGAGGAUGAACUUGCAGAGAGAGUGCAAACCCAUAUUCAACGGGAUGAUGAGACUAUUCGAGACUUUGCCUAUAUGUAUCGUGCAUUGUGUAAGCGUUGGAAGCCCGCAAUUGGGGAGCAGGAAAUCAUUAAGUUGAUCCUAAAAAACAUUAACCCUCAAUUUGCGAGUCAGUUGCGAAGUAACGGUGUUAAAUCGGUGGAUGACUUGGUCCGCCUGGGACAACAACUAGAGAGAGACAAGGAAAAUCAGCGACAAUAUGAGCAAAAGGUUCAGUCUGCUCGUCAGCCCAGGUUACAUAACCUUGUACCGAGUUUGCCACCCACGGCUAAAUCAUCCCAGCCCUUCUGUUGGUGGUGUAAAGGGACACACUCCCCUGUCUCUUGUUCCCAAAUGAUUCCUAGUCAUAAAAAGUCUUUUAAGUCCCCUCCACCCCAACCUGGCCCGAGUGCUCCUGACACGCAAACUGCUGUUUCAGUGGGUCACGACAGUAUCACAGAUGACUCCCCUCCAUCUGGGGCUUGGACUAUGCCGUUGCAGUUAACGGUCCCAUUGACAAUUGGAUCCUGGAAGGGCCCGGCAAUUCUGGACACUGGGUCAUCCUAUACCCUGCUUAAUGAAAAGCUGUGGCUUAAUGUGCGUAAGCCAGGUGAUGAGCUCAAACCGUGGAUGACAGGCCCUAUUUAUCUGGCAGAUGGUGGUGCCCGUGAACCCCUGGGGUGGGGUGAAGUGGAAUUGAUGGUGCAGUCUGUUCCAGUUACUCUGCCGGUGGCAGUUCUCAGUGCACAGACACUUGCUUUUCCUGCUGUCUUUGGGCUGGAUUAUAUUUUCUUUACUGGCCUGCAAGUGGAUGUCAGGAACAAUGUGUACUGGUUUGAACAUCAUGAAAGGUUUCCCUUUCAGAGGGAGGGCGCCUCACUCAAAGGGUGGCACCCCUCCGUUGCACUCUUUUCAGCCAUGGCACCAUAUCCUUUGUUUGCUGAUGAAACGGAUCUACUUAGCAUUGCCUGCCGUGACGCUUGUCUUGAAGGGGGGGAGAGACAACAGCUAAUGUCGCAGUUGAAUCAGAACCGUGAUGUCUGUACCAAUGCUUUGGGUCAAACCAAUGUGCUAAGCCACAAAAUUUACGUCACGCAAAACAUUCCAAUUAGGCAAAAGCCUUACCGUGUUUCUCCGGUGAAACAAAAAAUCAUGGAAGACCUCAUUAGGGAAAUGUUGGAGGCAGGUGUCAUUGAGCCUUCAUCUUCGGCAUGGGCGUCACCGGUAGUUCUAAUACCCAAGAAGACUGGUGGAUACCGAUUCUGUGUGGAUUACAGAAAAUUGAAUUCAGUCACUCACACCGAUGCCUAUCCCAUCCCAACAAUCCAGGAAAUUCUUGAGUCCCUUAGUGGAGCGGUGGUCUUUUCCACUCUUGACCUCAACAGCGGGUAUUGGCAAGUCCGAAUGGAUGGAAGUUCUCAGGAUAAAACGGCCUUCAUAGCCCGCUGUGGUCUCUACCAUUUUAAGGUUAUGCCUUUUGGACUCAAGAACGCCCCGGCUAGCUUCCAGCGAUUUAAUGGAGAGAGUGUUGGGUGAACUGCG